CCUGUUGGUAGCCAAAAGCAUAACAAUAUGGCGGCGCCCAACUCGGUGUGCUGCGGACUGUCGAGUUAAAGCCAUAAGGGUCUUCUGAGGUUGAAAACAACCUUAAAUGAAAGGAUGGAUAACGUAGGAGAGGACGAACCGGAACCUAUAAAGCUCAAGUCUAUCAAGACUAAUAAAACAUUCACAGUGCCUCAAAGUGACAGGUUUGGGAGCUGCAGGAGUGUCAGAGAGUUUGAGAAGUUCAAUCGCAUCGGAGAAGGAACUUACGGCAUUGUGUACCGAGCUCGAGACACCAAGUCAGAUGAGAUUGUGGCUUUGAAGAAGGUCCGUAUGGACAAAGAGAAAGAUGGGGUCCCCAUCAGCAGCCUCAGAGAGAUCACCCUGCUGCUGAGGCUCAGACAUCCCAACAUAGUGGAGCUGAAAGAAGUGGUUGUUGGCAGUCAACUGGAGAGCCUCUUUCUGGUGAUGAGUUACUGUGAGCAGGAUCUGGCCAGUCUGCUGGAAAACAUGCAGACCCCAUUCUCUGAGGCUCAGGUGAAGUGUAUCGUCCUGCAGCUGCUCAGAGGCUUGGAGUAUCUCCACCACAACUUCAUCAUACACAGGGACCUGAAGGUGUCUAAUCUGCUGAUGACAGACAAAGGCUGCGUUAAGAUCGCUGACUUUGGGUUGGCCCGGAUGUACGGCAUCCCCCAGCAGCCCAUGACCCCUCGAGUGGUCACACUGUGGUACAGAGCUCCAGAGCUCCUCCUAGGGACAAAGACCCAGACUACAGCUCUGGAUAUGUGGGCAGUGGGCUGCAUCCUGGCUGAGCUGCUGGCCCACAAACCUCUGCUCCCAGGAGCCUCAGAGAUCCAGCAGGUGGACCUGAUCGUGCAGCUGCUGGGGACCCCCAACCAGAACAUCUGGCCUGGUUUCUCUCAGCUGCCCCUCAUUGGUCAGUACAGUCUGAGGAAGCAGCCGUACAACAACCUGAAGAAUAAAUUCACCUGGCUGUCUGAAGCCGGACACAGACUGCUCAACCUGCUCUUCAUGUACAACCCACAGCGCAGAGCUACUGCCAAAGACAGUCUGGAGAGUUCCUACUUCAAAGAGAAGCCUCUACCCUGUGAGCCCGACCUCAUGCCCACCUUCCCCCACCAUCGCAACAAGCGGGCCGCCCCCCCAGCAGAGAGCCGCUCCAAACGCAGCAAAGUAUGAUGGGAGAUGGAGUUGAUGAGACACUCAGAAAUGACCUUGUGCAGGAGGAACAUUCUCAGGAACGGAUGUUGGUUUCUGUUCACAACGAGUGCAUGGAACGUAGAUCUGCUCAUGGGGAGAUGUUACUGCUAAUGCAAACAAGUUCAACUAUUGGUCAUUCAUUUUCAUCCAGCUGAAGCUGAUAAGUCACACUGGCUGCGCUGUGUUCAGUAUGAUGACACAGAGGUCAUCUGAACAUGUAAAAAGGCUAUGAGGAGCAUUAUUUUUAGCUAUACUUCCUAGUUCUCGCAUUGCUGCCAAGGCCUUUGCACAAAAGAAGGGAAAGUAAUGAAGACGGAGUUGCCUUGACAACAAUGCUGAGGCAUUUUGUACUUUGUUUCGAGCAUUUGUCACAUUUGAGAUGUUCUGUUAUAACGGUCUCUGCUGUUCUGUGAUCAGUUUGGAUCUUAACAUGAGGAUGAGACUGAAAGGCAUGACCAGGAAGAAGAAGAGGCUUUAAAGUCUGACGGCCUGGCAUUAUACACUUUGAGUUAAAGGCAGAUUCUUCCAACUCAAAGAAAAUUAGUUUUUGGCAACAAAAAUGGGAUGGAAUGAAAUGGCAGCUUGGUCUCAUGUUUGGUCCUCACAGCCAUCUGUUUGUGUGAUGACUGUCAAAGUGACCUUUGGGUGAGGGUCAUCCCUGAAUCUGCUCCCUCAUCAUAAGUUGUUAUAGGGAUAGUUUGCGUUAAAAAAAGCUUUUCUGCGAAUUAAAUGACAAAAUGGAUAUCACUCUGUGUCUACAUGCUAAGCUAACGGCCUGCUGGCUGUGGCUUCAUAUUUACUGAACAGAGGUUAUCAAUCUUAUUUUCUUACUUUAGGCUAAAUCAGGGAUUUGUUUUCAAAUGUCAAAGUAAUCCUUUUGGAGCCUCAGCUCGGCUAAACGUACUGUAAUAAUUAAGCAGGGGCUUCCUUAGCAGAAAUCACUGAGAAGCGGUUGACUCCUGGCUGUCUGCAGUCACAUUUUUGAGUUUGGUAUAUUUACAGAGCCUCUAAAUGUCUUUAAACUGUCAUCUGUAAAACAUAAUAAAGAUGUCGUAACAGCAACUGUGCCUUUUCCUUUGAAGUGUCAGUUUAUUGAAUGCAGGUUAAUCAGUAGUAAUGGUCAGCGGCAGGUUAGUUCCCUCACAGGGACGUCCUGACCUCACACUGAAGCAAACAGGAAGUCCCGUCAGUCCGCAGACAGGCCUGUGAUCAGCAGAGGUCAGAGAGUACAGACUGACUGGUCCUGCUGUACAGCUAGCUUUCUUUGUCUGAAAGCUGACAACAGGACAAAUACUAGCUAAGCUUGUGAAGGAAAGCCCUGAACAGACGGUACUGAAACAAUAUGGUGAUGUCUUGAGUUGAAGCAUAUUCACCUCCCAAAAUAACAGAA